ACCUUGACCACCAUUCUCGCGCAGCGCAAGUGCACCGCUAUCUGUCGCUCUCUCCCGCGCUGUCGAACGGGUCCAUGCCAGUAGCUUCAAGCACCAUGUCUGGAGAGCAGUUCUCCAGGUACCGCCGCCAUCACCAGUACUUUCUCCGCGGCGGUGACGUCAGAUUCAUCGUCGAAAACACACUUUUCCAAGUGCACAAGUUCUUUUUUGAGCGGGAGUCGCAAUUCUUCGCCAAGAUGUUCUCAGCGCCACCAGACAGCGCGAAAGCCGACGCCUACAUCAUCAAAAAGGUCAAAGCAGACGACUUCGCCCAGCUGCUGUGGGUGUUUUACAACCCGCGUUACUCGCUAUACGAGGCCACCGUCGACGAGUGGCUCGUCAUCCUCGACCUCGCCAAGUCGUGGGGAUUCCAGGAGAUCGAGACGCUCGUGAUCCGCGAGCUCGAGGAGCAGUCCAUGGAUCCGGUCGACAAGAUCGCCAUGUACGACAAGUACGGCGUUGACAGGCGCUACGUCGUCCCCGCCUACGCGCAUCUCGCCAGCCGGCCCAAGUACCUCAGCCGGGAAGAGGGCAACAAGCUCGGGCUGCGCGUUGUCAUUGACGUGAACCAUAUCCGCGAGGAUGCGCUCAGGAGUGCGGCGUCCUCUGGUGGAUCGAGCGGGAUCACUCCGACGAGCGCGGAUCUGGAGCAGAGUAUGCUCUUUGACCUUGUCGAACGGCAUUUGGGACUGCCGUCGGGUUGUGGUACGCCGAGUCCCAAGACACCGGGCCUAAAACUCAAAGGAGGCCUCCUUCCUGUCCCAAAGAACGUGAAAAGCCCAUCGGAAACGACAGAGGCGAAAGAAGUGAGUGGCGUCCAACAAGAUGGGGAACAUGUGCGGAGACGUCAUACGCAGGACGAACAACAAAACCAAGACCCAGCUAAGACAACGACAACGACAACGACGCCGGCAACAACCCCUGCGCCACCGCCACCGCCAAAGGCGACAAAGUCGUCGCCAGGACCCGCGCAGGACGAGGCUGCCAAAACAGACGUGAAACCAGACGUGGGGCGCGGCAAUCAGAAGCAGAAGCAGAAGUCCGUGCCAAAGAUACGCACCUCCUAGCAGGUCGCGAAGCCGGCACUCCACCGGCAGCGACGUCGAUGUCUUCUAUGACGCACUCGAAUGACUGGAUAUAUGGC